AUGGGUGCCACAAAUGGAGACACGAACGGCAGCGCCGGAAACAUCUCAUUCGAUGACUACCUCGGUCUGAUGACCUGUCUCGUCGAAUGGGCCGACAGCUACGACAGCAAGGACUGGGCCAGACUGCGGAAGUGCAUCGCACCAACACUGCGUGUCGACUACCGCUCCUUCCUCGACAAGAUCUGGGAAGCCAUGCCGGCCGACGAGUUCAUCGCCAUGAUCUCGAACCCGGCCGUGCUCGGCGACCCGCUGCUCAAGACGCAGCACUUCAUCGGCGGGUCCAAGUGGGAGCGCGUGUCGGACACCGAGGUCGUCGGCGUGCACCAGCUGCGCGUGCCGCACCAGCGCUACACCGACGCCUCGCGCGCCCACAUCGCCGUCAAGGGCCACGCCCACUCCACCAACACCCACUGGUACCGCAAGGUCGACGGCGUGUGGAAGUUUGCCGGGCUCGACCCCGACAUCCGCUGGUUCGAGUACGACUUUGACAAGGUCUUUGCCGGCGGCCGCCACGAGUUCGGCGCUGAGGAGCAGCAGGCCGAGGUUGAGGCCGCGAAGGCCGAGGGAAUUCCGACGAAGGCUGAGGGCAUUCCGUCUGUGGCCGAGGGGCUUACGGCUGAGGCGUAA